UUGCUAUCAGUACAGACAGACCCACACACAUGUACACAACUCAGUCAGGAAAUAGCCUCAAUAUGGACAAUAACGGUCAAUUUGAUAACUUCCCAAGUUGACAGUAGCUGUGGAUUACUUAAUACUUUCAGUUUGGGAAAAUACGUUAAGGAAAAAAAACUCGGACUGGAAUUUUUGGAUCUUUAUAUUGAAAAUGUUUAAAUUGUGAAUCAGUUAGUUCAAGAAUCAUUAGGAUACGCUGUUACGCUGUGAAUGAGAGUUUCGCUGUUUCUUGUGAUAAUUUAAAAGGAUUUAACAAUGGGUGCCAACAAUUCUCAAAUUCAUGAUCGGUCAUCUUCGGAUCCGAGAGUUUUUAUCCAGCGUGGUGAUGCCAGCACGAGAUUGGAGUAUCAUGGAGUCUGCUAUCAGGAAGGCAAGCCGUCUGCACCAGAUGGUGUUCCUUUUGUGAAGAACAUUUCUCAUAAUUGUCUUACGCUCAGCUGGUCGGCUCCCAAAGGGUUUCCACCUAAAUCAAUACUGGCUUAUCAAAUUGAAGUGUACAAUGUGUUUGAGCAUCGUUGGAAGGUUGUAACAAAUUCUUGCCAAGGGACAAGCUAUGAUGUGAAAAAUCUAGCACCUGACACUGAAUACCGAUUUCGAGUGAGGGCUGAAAAUUUGUAUGGACGAAGUCGCCCUGGUCAUGUAUCGCCUGUGGUUCGUACAAGAGACAUAAGUGAGUGUUCACAACAAACAGACAAAGUAUUUACGAAACCACAAAAAAUUGUGCGUAGACACAGUCACCACAUAAAAGUGGAUGGUGGCGUUGCAACAUUACUGAAACGUACAGAGGAGAGUAAGUUUGAGAAUCAUAUAGGAACAAUUCCACUCAAGCGGAACAGCAGUCUGCGAGGCUCACUUCCUGUUCAGAGGCGGUCUGUCUCUGCUGUGUUCCCUGGGUCAAGGCGGGACAGUGUCAAUAGUUUUCGUGAAUCACGUCGAUCAUUAGAGGAAUCUUCCAUUGCCACAGGGGAUUCGUCUGCUCCCACUGGAGACGAUGAAAGUGCGUCUGGUUCUUUAAGACUGAAACGUUUCUCAAAUAUGUCAACUUCUACUACAACAGAAGACGAAUCUUGUAACCAAUCGACUUCAGCGUCUUCAAUGACCUCUAUACCAGAAGAAGCAGAUGUAAUGGAUAAUUACACUAUUCCAGAGGAAGAUGAUUUUCUUACUUGUCAGCUAAAUAUGGGUGAAUCUGAUUGGAAAUUAACAGGUCCAUGGACAUUGUCUGACAACAAUAAAGACAAGGGAGAUAACUCUCAAUGGAAUUCAUCAUCAACCUGUGCAAGUAAUUCUCAACAGUGGCAAUUGUCGAAUAAUGACAAUCAAUGGAAAGCAAAGACACAAGAGGAGGAUCCGUGGGACCUUGGCCUGAAUCGAUGGGGUUCAUCAGGGGGAGAUAACUGUCAUUCACAAGACAUAAUGUCUGCACCAUAUUCAGAUGAUACAAAAAUUGCCUGGUGCUCUCCUCCCUCUACAGAGAGAAGUAUGAAACCUUACAACUGUCAGAAUGAUACUCCUGUUUGGAAAGGACAGAACAGUUACCAUAACAACAAAAACUUUAGUUCUUUUCGAGGAAUGCUUAAUGAUGACGAUAUUGUGAUAAAAAAUUUAAGUUCAGACAGUAAUGGGAAUUAUUCUUUCGAUCCGAAGGAUAGACAGUGUUGUGUUAUCGAAGAAGAUGAUGAGGCUAUGGAUUUAGUAUCUGCUGUAUGACCAUGUAUUUUGUUUCCAUGGAAACAAUUUAUAUUUAAACUUACCAAACCUAAUGAAGUGCCAUUGUCAUUGCCAUGGAUAGAAUUUAGUGCUUUACUUAACAGUACAGACCAAAUAUGGAGUGCAUGUGAUAUCUGAAUGUGGAUUGGAGAGAAGUUAGCCAAUCGCAAACCAACGAAAAUACAUCUAAUGAAAGCUUUGAUUGGUGGAUAAUGAUGAACCAUUCAGAUUUGUGAUAUAAAUGUUUCUACUUCAAAAUAGAAAAAAUUGAUACAGUUUUUAAAUGACUUAUACAUUAUUGAAUUUUAUUUUUUUUUUUACAUUUUUACCAUGUCUCAACUUUAAGAUGUGAAUACUUAAUUAAUCUCUAUCCAGGAAAAAUGCAGGUGUUAUCUCUAUCUUUUAGUCUUCAAAAUAAGGAAUUUAACUUUUUAUGUUGUCGAUAAGUAGAAGUAAUUGAGAACGCUAAUUAAACAUUCUGAAAUUAAUAAUUUUAUCGGAUAAGUGUGUGCCUUAAAGUUGCUCGGUAGUGUUUUACUAUUUAUUGAAGAUUGCCUCAGCAGAUAAAUGACACUUUAUUUAUGGGUCUAAGCAGCUUACGAAUUAGAGGAAAUGAGAAAAAUAUUAGAAAAUAAGGCAAAAAAUUAUUUCUAGGAAUUAAGUAAUUAUAAUUACCACAAUUUUGUGAGAUCAAGACAUUCACACAAUUGAUAUUCAAAUUGUUGAUAAUCUCAUUGAAACAUUAAAACAAAUUUGUGUGACUCUUGUGCUUUCAUCUAAUCGCUUUAUUCUACAAAAUGUGUUCUUCUCCAUUGUCAUAUUUGUAUGUAUAUGUCCUCUCUAUGUAUUGUUAUGACAAAUACAGAAACUAAAAUACGA